AUGCUCUCGCAAAGAAUUAAAUACGCUCUAGCUCAUUUAUCGCGCGAGGAACAUAUCGCGUUACUAGCGCGCCCCAACUGGAGGAGACUUCGCAAAAUCGAUCCAAAUGUCGUGGCACGUCCUUUUAGAGUUCGGCGCGCGGCUCUCAGGGGCCGCACCUCGAGGCGCAUCCGGGUUAUGGCACAACCGAAAUUCGUAACCAAGAAAUACGAUCCCGCAGCGGCGCCGCCCCCCUACCCGCGCAUCCACCCGAAGACGCUCAUGGCGAAGAGCAGCAAACGUGUCGUCGAUCUGGCAUUGCCCAACAGAAGAGUUCUGCUGGAGAUGAUGAAAUUGGCAGCUACCAAAAAGAUGAAGGCAACCCUGAGCGAUCUGCUGCUGAAGGUUCGAAAGUCGCGGUACCAACGGUAUCGCGUACUCUGCAUCGCGCGUCAAGAACGAGAAGCCAGGAAAAAGAGAAAACGAAUGGCGAAACUGCGCAGAGCUCUCGCAAAACCGGAAGACUGGGAAAGGCACAUGCGGGUUCUGAAGAGACUAGCUGCGCCCAAAGUCGCCGCGAGACCCAAAAGGAAACCCGUUAAAAGAAGGAAGAGGAGGCCGGUCAACAUAGAGCGAAUAUACUUCCUGGCAUUACCGAUGACGCGGGAUGAGCCCAGACUGAGGGAUCCGUUCGCGGUGCCGUUGCGCGCACUUACUUAUCACAUCACCACAUGGAUGGAGAGACUCGCGACUCCGAAAAAACCUGUGGAACUCCCAUGGCGGAUGCCGGGCGCAGUUUCACUGGCAGCGAAGAAAGCCAUCGCUUCCGAGAGAAUAAUCGCCCUGGCGAAGCCCGUCCAACGUCCAGUGGGCAGAGAAACGGAUCUCCGAGAAGAUGCCUUUACCGUGUCGCCGGCGGCGUUAACGGCAAGAUGUUCCAAGCGUCUCAAAAGUCUCGCCAAGCCGAAGAUCUAUCCGCAACCCACGUUCAAGAGAUUGAGAACUGCGCUCAAACGGCCGUGA